AUGUUUCCGGCCUUACUCUUACUAGGACUUGUUCCUGUUGCAGUGGGUUUCGAUUUCACUUGGGCUCAGCCCACGCGCUUUGCAGAGCCCACGGGAGGCCGCAGUCUGAGCGGAGGUGUGAUCCGUCAGAAUUACAUAGAUCCUGAGAGCGGACUGCGAUUCCAUUUGCAACACGACACAGUGCAGCGAGAGGGUACCCAGAUCAUCUUCCUGGAUCAGCUCGAGGGCAUUCUUGGUGCAGACUGUCCGCAGGACCCCGGAAGUCUUAGGAGGGAGCGUGUGUUGCUGCUGGCAUUCUCUCGGGCAGAUGCACUCAACAACUUCCUGGAAGCCACCUCGUCACUCCAGGGUCGUGUCGUCCUCGCAUCAACGCGUCAUCCGGCUUCUUGUGGGGGCGAGGUGUUUUUGGGCGAGGUGGCGCCCAAUGGAGUGCAAACCAUCGAAGCUCCCCAAGUUUCCCAGCACGGGGUUUCCGUGACCUACACUUCCACAGACUACGGCAGUGUUUUCGAGUUUGCCAACAUCACCGUCUCGGCACCAUUGGCCGCCGUUGCGCCCAAGAUGCCGGUCAAGCUGGAGCAGCCAGAGGACCAGAAGAGCAAACCCCGGCGGCUUUUCCUGUCCUCCAUCUUGAAGAGCACCUGGAGGGCUGUGAAGGGCCUCGCCAGUGCUGCCCUUGCACCCGUCUGGGUGGCAUUAGAGGCAUUGGGCUUGGACGAGUUCAGCGCCUCCAAGACCUUCAAGAUUUUCGCCUUUGACAGAGGAGACCAGCUGAAGACGGCCAUCCAGCAGGCAACAUCUUGCAACUCCUGCGUCUCUACCUGCGAGGCAUCCUCGAAAUUAACCGCAAGAGUGAUCUUCCAGAUGAAGAUCUCGGGGGGCGCUACCGAGCUGGCCAUGCUGGAGAUCAAAGGCACCCUGGCCAAUCUCCUGGAAGUCAGUGGCAAGAAGGUGGCCCAACUCUCUGAGGAGAGGCAGCUGUUCAAGUUUCCGCGAGUUCCCAUCAAAUUCAUGGUGGGGGUUGUUCCCGUAUAUUUGCAGGUGGAUGCGGGCCUGUAUGCGGGCGUCAAAGCUUCCGUUGAGGCAAGUUAUGGUCUGACUGCGGCGGCAGAUGCCAGCCUGACGCUUACUGCAACCUAUCGGAGCAGCACUGGCAGGGUAGAGCGGAGCUUGAACUUCAAUUGGGACCAGCUUGACGCCAAAGCCACCUUCGACGGAAAGGCCACAGCAAUGCUGUACUUGAAGCCAGUGGUGACGUUUACAGCAUACAAGAUCCUUCAGGCAGCAUUCGUCUUGAAAGUCUUCUACCAAGCGAUCUGGACGUUAGAAGGUGAGGCUCUCGCGGGCGAAUGCUCGGCAAACCUCAAGAAAUUCUGGGGCUUGGACCUGUCCCUGACCGUGAAGAUCCGAUCCAUCUUCACGAAGUCAUUCAACCUUUAUGCGAAUCAGUGGCCUCUGGCAGAGAGGGAGGAUGAUUGUGGCCCGUUCGUAAGUCUGCCUAGCAACUUGCUAACGAACUUUGUGGAGGGAACGUCUGAUGAUGAUGAUGGGUCGGCAGUGUCGGAUGAUGCCUCCGGCGACGAAGGCGGCAGCUCCUCGAGUCCUUCGACUCAGACAACGCAAGAUGGCUGCAGGUGCAAGCAGAACUGGACUGCAGACUGGAAUGGCUCCGAAGUCAGCUGCGACAGCUACUGCUGCCGGUUCGAAGGAUCUUCGGGUUUUUGUGUGAAGGAAGACCCGACGUGCGGCACGGAGUGCUGGGGCAGCUGUGACACACGACGGCUUACCACCUGCGAAAGUGUUCAGCCAUUCUGCAAUGCGAACGCUUGCGAGAAUGAGCAGCCAGAUUGUCUCCGCUGUGGUUUCUGCGGCCAAGAUGACGUCAGCGACACCGGGGGGAAUUCCGGUUCCAGUGGUGCCCCAUCACCCAGCGCAGGUUCGGGGUCCGCUCUGAGUCUCGCGUCGCACCGCUUGGGUGACCUCUGGAACGGUCUCAUUGCCCCCAUUGCGGAUGGGAGCUGCCCUGACAAUCCGUCUGCUGAGCUCGUUCUGCAGCUCGUGGAGGUCAACGACUGGGGUGGCGGCAACGGUCAGAUGACGUUUAUGGGCGCUACCAACGUCAUCUUGCCGGACGGCCGAUGCACCGUCAGCUUGAGCUACGUGGCCAAUCUCUACGGUGGCAGCAUUCAAGGUGGCACUUUGAAGCCCAGCGCAAAUGACGACUUCUUCGGUGAUUGUGACGGAUUCGAGCUGCCAUACGGCUGGAGGGUGGAUGCAACCACAGCCCGCAUCGCGGGGGAGGAUACAAUGAAUUGCUACAGCGUUGACUUGCAGGCAUCGGUUGCUUUGCCGACUUCGAGACGACUUUCCACGUGCGUUGUGGAUCCAAUCGCGACAAUGUACAUUGCCACUGUAGAUUCUGCAGCUAUCAGCUCUGCAAACUUUGCAGUGCAAAGUUCGCCACUGUUGACCUAUUUCAGACAGUGCUGUUUGCUUUCGAUGCUUGCUGUUGAAUUUGCUCUUUGA